GAGAGCUCUUGAGCUUGUGGGCGGAGUGGCGCAAGGAUGUUUAGUUUGUGACGAUAGCAACGUGAAUGAAAAAAUGACGAAAUAACUGUGACAAGGGACAAGUAGCGCUAUAUAUACGUUAGUGCGCAAAAGGGGGAUACCCAUCCAGCUGGCCUCUCACCCUCUGUGACCUCUGGGUAGGCUUGUUCAAAGCACUAUGGGGAACACAAGCAGUGAGAGGGCAGGCAUGGGCCAGGACAAGGCCCACAGAAGGGACAGUCGAGGAACCAAGGAGGGAGACCGUCCUAAAAUCUUGAUGGACAGCCCUGAGGAUGCUGAUAUUUUUCACGGGGAAGACAUCAAGGCACCUUUAGAAAAAGAGGAGUUUAUUGAAUGGAGACCAGACCUGGACACCAAUGAAAAGGAUCCCACCUUGGAUCGACCCACUGUAUUUCGUUGGACUGGAGCUGGAAAGGAAGUCUAUGUCUCUGGCUCUUUUAAUAAUUGGGCCAACAAGAUUCCUUUGAUUAGGAGUCAAAAUAACUUUGUGGCGAUUGUGGAUUUGCCUGAGGGUGAGCACCAGUACAAGUUCUUUGUGGAUGGACAAUGGACACAUGACCCAACAGAGCCUGUGGUGACCAACCAGCUUGGCACGGUCAACAACAUCAUCCAGGUGAAGAAGACAGACUUUGAGGUGUUCGAUGCUCUUAUGGUGGAUUCCCAGAAAUGCUCUGACUUGUCCGACUUGUCCAGCUCUCCUCCUGGGCCAUACCAUCAGGAUGCUUAUGUACCCAAACAGGAGGAAAAAUUCAAAUCGCCCCCCAUUUUGCCCCCUCAUCUCCUACAGGUUAUCCUCAAUAAGGACACGGGCAUCUCUUGUGAUCCAGCUUUGCUUCCUGAGCCCAAUCAUGUCAUGCUUAAUCACCUGUAUGCUCUGUCUAUUAAGGAUGGUGUAAUGGUUCUGAGUGCUACCCAUCGCUAUAAGAAGAAAUAUGUCACAACCUUGCUGUACAAGCCAAUCUGAUCACUGUCUGAUCAUCUGAGAAAACUGACCAAUGCUCCACCUAUAUGAGCACUGUCUAGUUUGGCUUUGUUUAUAUAGUGUGUAUUAUUGUAAAUAUGGAUGCACAGAGAUGCACUUUAGAAAUAUAUUCCACCUUGUUGGGUAUAAAGUAAUCAGAAACUUAGAAAUGCCAUAGAGUUACAGGUGAAUUAAGCACAUAUCUAUUAUUUUAGAUGUUGGUAUACAUUUUAAAGAUGUAACACAAUGGAGACUGGGCCAAAAGUACAUGUUCACAAGUGUUUAAAAUGACUUAAUACUAUGAAGUGUCAAAGGGCAAAGUAGGUAAGAUGUAGAAAAUGACUUUAAAUAGAGCUUGACAUGUUUUGUUCAGUGUUUAAAUGUGACAUGCUUAUGUAGAUAAAUGUUAAUAUAUAUUAGGAAGCAUGUUGAUAUUUUAGCUGCAAACUUUCUCUGUUAUCACUCAGAAAAACACCAGUUAUCAGCUGUUUGUGUUAGGUACCAAAUAUAGAAAAAGGUUUUGAUUCAAAAACUUCUGAGUUAAAGAAAAUAGUUGUUAACUCUAAAUGAUCAUUCGUUUUUUCCUUUUAAUGAAAAUUGAAUUGAAUUGAAUUGAUCUUUUAAACGUUAUUUUCUGUUCUAUUUUUAACUUCUAAAUUUUUACUAGAACAGUAACAACCAUAAAUAUUUAAUUUGUAUUAUGUGUCAUGUUCUAAGGAAUUAAACAAUAACAACAACAAUUUUAAUAAAUUAUUCACCCACUUUUA